CAAGUGUCGUAAACGUGUGGGAUGUUUUGGGCGCCGUACGUUAGGCAGGGUGUCGUACGCCCACACUGACCUGGAUGUAUCUGGACGACGGAGACUUCGGCGACCUCGUUUAAUGCCAUGGAUUACAGAGGGACGCGGCACCGUGUUUGCGCUCGUCUCCCACAAGCGAACGUGCUUCUGCUGCAGCUGUGAUGUUGCUCCGCUCCGUUGGAUUCUGUGGCGACGCGGGCAGCCUGUUUGUGCUGAGCGCCGCUAAUAACGCGGACUGAGGAGAGUCCGUCGUCUCUAAUGAUCGUCUGUGCGUUUGUGCGUUUGCUGAGCUGAAGCGGACGCCACUGGCAGUCGUGUCGUAUAAUCGCAACCAAGGGGAACAACAGUAUUUAUUUCUCUAUUGAGGAAGUGAGGCUGCGUCAAGGCAGCUGAAGUUAAAGCAGACCGGACCGGAUGUUUACAUUUCUAACCACAUUGCGCCUAUUGGGCUCGAACGUUAUAAACUGGACAGAGACGCGUUAUUAGGACGGACAAAGUGCAAGAAACGUUUUAUAGUUAUUACAGGCGCCUCGUGUGUUCAUUAUGACUGUGGUGCGCCCCGGCGUGGAAAAGUCACCCGAUAGUUUUAUUUUGUAACCCGCGGGCGGAAGUGGAGUGUGGCAGUGCUGGUGGCGCGCUUGGUAGGAAGUGGGAUGUGGUUAGGACGUGUUAAUGCUGCCGUUCAAGAUAUGAAAAUCAUUGAAUCAGCGUUGCCCGUGGAGCGCAGCUUCGCCGCCGGACACAGCGACCGCACUGUUGCUGUCCGUCACCGCGCCUGCCGUCGGAGGCCGAGAACAGUCGAGCGAACCGAGGCGGCCGCGCCGGUUUCGUCUGGACCGGACCACUUCUAUGAAGGCUUCCCAACCUCACGCCCAAACAGUUUGCUGGGUCCGCGUGCGGGGCUGUGUUCCGUGCUUACGUAAUAGCAGCAUGUGAAUCGACACAACCACGUCCAAAUUUUAUUAUCCUUUUUAGUUUUUUCCCCACGGACACAGACUUUGAUUCAUGUCAUCGUGUUUUUAAUUUGACAAAUGUCAACAACGCGGCACCGGGUGAUGAUGGAGUCCUCGCUCGCGCUCGGUCGACUGGAGCUGGCCCCCGGCUCGGCGCCCGCCUCGGCUCUGGGGGUGAACCUGGGGCCCCUGGUCAAAGACACGUGCUGCCAGCGGCCCGCGGGGCCCCAGGGCCAGGGGCAUCUGAACGGCUGCGUCCCGCUGUCGCACCAAGUGGCGGGUCACAAGUACGGGGUGGACAAAGUGGGUAUUUUCCAGCAUCCAGAUGGAACCGUCCUGAAGCAGCUUCAACCUCCCCCACGAGGUCCACGGGAGCUGCAGUUUUACAGCAUGGUGUACACAGAGGACUGCUGUGAUCCAUGCCUGCUGGAACUCCGCAACCACCUUCCAAAGUACUUCGGCACCUGGUCGCCCCCUGACAGCCCCAGUGACCUCUACCUGAAGCUGGAGGACGUGACCCGCCGCUUUCACAAGCCGUGCAUCAUGGACGUGAAGCUGGGCCAGCGGAGCUACGACCCGUUCGCCUCGCACGAGAAACGGGAACAGCAGAUAAGAAAGUACCCGCUGAUGGAGGAGAUCGGCUUCCUGGUGCUCGGCAUGAGGGUGUAUAAGGAAUGCAAUGACAGCUUUGACUCCUAUGACCAACACUACGGAAGAGGCCUUGUUAAGGACACUAUUAAAGAUGGCCUGGCCACAUUCUUCCAUAACGGCGUUCGUCUGAGGAGGGACGCGGUGUCCGCCAGCAUCUGCAGGGUUCAGCAGAUCCUCCACUGGUUCGAAUCUCAGCGCCAGCUCACCUUCUACGCCAGCUCCCUUCUCUUCGUCUACGAGGGCCUCCCCUGCUCCUCCUCCUCCUCGCCUCCGCUGUCAUCCAUCAACCCAGCCGUGUUGUCGAGCGUGGACGGCGUCCGUGAGGGCGGCGAGGCGAAGGCGAGGCAGGAAGGAGGCGGCGACGAAGAGGGAGUGGCCGAGUACAACAACAACAACAUUCAGGCGGCGCUGCCUCUGGACUACAGCAUUUACACCAACAUCAGGAAAGCUACGCAUCACCUGGGCGCCAAGGGUCGUCUCCAUGGCAACGGGGGCGCGGGCGAAGGCGCGGCGACCACGGUUGUCUCCGUCUGCGGAGGCAACAACCCAGCGGCGUGCGAGGAGGACAACUCCGCGUGGAAACGAACAGGCGAGUCGUGGCAGCCGCCGAACGGCAACGGCAACAAAUCCCAACUGGAAGCUCGGGAAGACGCUGGAGAGAGGGCGGACGGCGGCACGGGCGGGGAGGAGGCGGAGCCGAAGGGCCGGGGCGGCGAGCUGACGGCGGAGGUGGAGGUCAGGAUGAUUGACUUCGCCCACGUCUUCCCCAGCGAGAGCCACGACAGCGGCUACAUCUACGGCCUCAAGCACCUGCUGACGGUGCUCGAGCAGAUCCUCCGCGACGCCGCCUGAGGCCCUGAGUCUCAUCCCUGUCAGGAGACAGGGGUGAAUAAGAAAGAAACGCAACCAUCAUCGUCAUCAUCUUCAUCUCACCCAUUCUUUUGCCACGUGAGUGCUUCUGCCUCUGUUGUGGAGGCUGACGUCUGUUUUCCCUGUGAUCAGCAGCAUAUGCACUCAUCAGUUUAUGAAGACACUGGGCCCAGCUCUGACUCUUCCCUGACAGUAAACCUGUAACUAAGCGUAGUCAUUAGGACGAUACACCGUAUACUGUGAGUGCAGCAGAGGACCAUCUCCAUUGAAUCACAGGAGGAUUUGUGAACUGCGCUUUGAAUGGCUGAAAUCCUCCCUUCAAUGGCUGAGAGGGUCUCACUCGUUCAUCGGGGGUUCACUUCACCUGAGGUGGAUUCUGAUUUGGCCCGUUCCACGUCACCUCAAGUGUCCCGUUAAACACAGAGUGAACCUGAAACUUCAGAGUAGCUCAGGGUUGCGAGCAUCAGGUAAAACUAGUCUUCAGAUCGUCGUCCUUUAAACUUUAUGCUUCAGUUCCAACCACUGUUUUGCUGCCUGACAUUUAACGUAGUCUACAUCUCACGGUCGACCUGAUCCACAUCUGUUCUCUAGCCGUGUUUUUGACCUCUUGACCUCGCGUCGACCUUAAACACAUCGUGGCUAUUUUACCAGUUGUACGUGUUCGGUUCAGGUCCCCUCUUCGUUCUGAAGCCUGUGCUCUUUGCUGUGGGUCCUGAUCAUGUGAUGUGACCCCCCCCCCCCCCCUCGUUACCACUCCUCUUAUACAGCAGAUGUCAUGGUGUUUUAAAACGUCGAACAAAAUGUCAUUGUGUGCGACUGUAGCGCCACUGCUCCCGCGUUCUUUUGUGAUUGUCAGUGAUUCUAACCUAGUGAUUCCUAACUGGGCAAUAAUUGGAACCCCCCCCUCAUCCUUUGUCGUCUCUACAGAAGCGGUUUGGGUACGUUUUUAAGGUUUGACACAAGCACAACGCUACAUGACACUUUGAGUUGCGAUCGGUCAACAUUAAUCUAAGAUUGUAGGUAAGAACCAGAUAUUUGAAGGAUGCUGCUCUUUGGCCCGGUGCCAGGUUGUGGAGACUGGACUAUGACUCCCUCCUCUCCCGUGCGUGUACGUGUGCGAUGGAUGAUUUAAACCCACGUUAUCCGGCAUCGCCCCUCGCGCUUUCUCUCGUCGUCUUGUGACGCUCUCGGAUUGUUUGCGGAUUUUGCGAAUGUACCUUUUGUGAAGCUGAGGCUUUUGAAUCCCGAGUUUGACGAGUUCACUCGUGAGGAGGCGACUCCCCGAUUGUACGCCGUCUGGUUUCCGCUCCCAUGAUUCAUCAUUUCAACAGCCGCUUUCAUUCCACAGCUCAGAAUCGACCGAGCUGAUGAAUAUGCGCCGCUAAAGCACAGUAGAAACUGAAAGCGGUUUCCAGUGCGGCUUUUACUCCAUCAGACGUGUAGCGUAAACGCAGUCAUCAUCUCAGUUUGUGCUACUUUUGUUUCUGUAUACGUUGGAACCUACUUUCCAGUGUGAGGACAGCCAGUGAAAUGUCGUUCUGUCUGUACGUUUCUUAGCUGCGGCCUGUUUUCACUUCAUCACCGAUAAGCAUCUGCUUCUGAGAUUUACUGGCGCAUUCUUCGCUCUCUACAAGCCUCAAAACACUCCUCGACUUUUACUAACAACAUGCACACGGCUCUUGAGUUUAUGUAGCUGGUUAAUACUGUAUGAAUUUGAUGGGCGGUAUGAAAACGAGUAAUUUAACUUAAAUUUUAUGUUUUAUGAUUUAGAUCAGAUAUAUUCAAUGUGUUAUGUUUGAACUAAUCAAUGUGAAGGUUCAGGAGCCUUUUAAAGAAUGUUUACAGAAGUUUGACAGGUUUUUUUAUGUCCACUUUGUUUUCUGUUUGUCUUUAUUUUUAAAAUUGAUUACUGAUCAUUCUGUUAUUAUUGUGAAUCUCGGUGUAUGUAUCCUGUUGUAUCAUUACUAACAUAUCAUCUUCCAGGCAGCCUGUGAUCUGAGCUCCCUUUAGUCCAAAUUAAAGCAUCAAACAUUACACAGUGUUACUGGAGCAUUCAGUUGGGGUGUAGGUGGGCAGGUGUUCUACGCGUCAGUCCAGUUGGUGUCUUCCUGCAGCGACACUCAGCAGUUUCCAACCGCCAGCUUAUCUGACUUCAACAUUUGAAUAAUUUAAAGUAAGAAACUAAAAACAGUUAUGCAAAAUGUGGGUGUUGUAUGUUUGGAAAGUGGAGCUGAUGUUUCCGCAGAGCCAGCGAAGAGUGAGAGUUUGGAUCUGCCCACCUCACCUGCCUCAGAAUGUUGCAGUGUAAUUCCUGGACUCAGCUCAGCCCGUACAGGAAAACGGUACUACACGUCAUUCUGUGCGUUGAACAUUACAACAGUCCAACCAUUUCAGAGCAAACUGCACAUUAGUUAUGUAAUGUAUCAAAUCAAUUUUUCUUUGUCAGGUGUCAUGUUCCUACAUUGAAUUUGAUCUAACAUCCUGCAGAAAGCUGCUCAGUUUAAUGUCUAAAACCUCUAAGAUGCUUUGAACUGGUUUCCUGUAAUGAACAUAACUGGCUCAGUUAAGGGUCUUCUCAGUCAGAAUCACUUCUCACCCUCUUCAUGCUGCAUCUAUGUCAUGUUGGAAGAAUCGUAUCUUUGCCUACAUUUUUCCCAGAUGUUUACUAAGCUAAGCUGCACUUAAAGCUUUCAUACAGGCUUUUACUGUGGUCACAAGGAAAGAAGGUGUUUGAACGAUUUAGGAUGUUGUGACUGUGAUAUCCUCCAGCCUUUUGUUUCUACAUGAUGGCUUCACAGAUGGUUUGAGUGACUGGGGACACUAGUGUGUUUUAAGGAUGGAGAGCGUGGCCAGAGCAGUUCGGCUUCACUGCCACUGAACUGGGGCCCGGUUGAACCUGUAGAGCCCAAACUGAGCUCUUUUGAAUUUUGAUAUAAUGCAUUUAACAUGUCUUCUAAAUUAACCUGAAACAGAAGAAAAUCUAAUAAUCACUGUACAUACAGAGAGGAACUCAAACAGCUAAAGUCCACCCACAGCUACAGACCUGAUGAUCAUUAUUUUUCAACAAUAAAACUAUUGAAUUGUG